GUGUGUGGGAGAGUGAGUGGUUGACGUUGAGUGACGAGUGUACCACUGUCCCUGUGAGUCAGUAUUGAUCGUGUGAGUCAGCACAGUCAGAGUAAAUAUGUGCUUUUCAGAUACAGAGGUGAAGGCCUCGCAGCUGACCCUGAAUCCUGAAGGUUCUCUGGACCGUCUAACGUUCUUCUCCUCGGCCUCAGCGACCUCAACGGGCUGUGAUCACUGUUCAUCACUUCUGUCGCUCCAGCUGUCUUUUAUUGUGAAGGAGCAGCGAUUUACAGAGCAGCAGCUGUGGCCGCUGUGCGUCACUGCAGUGACGCGCCGCCUGCAGCAAGAGGCGCCGGAGAGCCCGAGCUGCUGUUGAAGACAGUAGAAGAAGAAGAAGGAGGAGAAGGAGGAGGAGGAGGAAGAAGAAGAAGAAGAAGAAGAAGAAGAAGAAGAACGAUGGCGGCAGCUAGCUCAGCGUUACGGGUGGAUCUUCUUCCUUCAGACCCACUGCUGCACGUCUUCUCCUUCCUGGACUUCAGAGACCUGGUCCACUGCAGUUAUGUGAGCAGGAGGUUGAAUGAACUCUCCAAACACAACCUGCUGUGGAAGUUCCUCUGCUGCAAACACUGGCUGCUAACAGAUGCGGACCGUGUGCAGAGCGGCGUGUCCUGGUUCUGUCUGUUCAAACAGAACUACAAAGACCUGGGACGCUACAUCCAGCACUACGCCACGCUGAGGCAGGCGUGGGAGGAGCUUAAGAGCUUCCUGCAGCAGCGGUGUCCGCGAAUGAUCGCGUCGCUCAAAGAGGGCACCACAGAGGUGGAGUUGAACACCAUGGAGGCACAGAUUGGCUGCAGACUUCCAGACGACUAUCGCUGCUCGUAUCGCAUCCACAACGGACAGAAGCUGGUCAUCCCAGGGCUGAUGGGCAGCAUGUCCUUGUCCAACCACUACCGCUCUGAGGUGCUGCUGGACGUGGAGACGGCGGCAGGCGGGUUCCAGCAGAGGAAGGGCAUGAGGCACUGCCUGCCGCUUACCUUCUGCUUCCACACCGGCCUCAGCCAGUAUGUGGCGCUGCAGCCCGCAGAGGGACGCAGGAAGUUCGAGAGCUUCUACCCCUGCCCUGAUCAGACAGCUCAGGAUCCUUCAGCCAUCGACAUGUUCAUCACAGGUUCCUGUUUCCUGGAGUGGUUCACCACCUACGUUCACAACGUGGUCACAGGAGAAUAUCCGAUCAUCAGAGACCAGAUCUUCAGGUACGUUCAUGACAGCGGUUGCGUGGCGACCACCGGCGACAUCACCGUCUCUGUGUCCACCUCCUUUCUGCCAGAGCUCUCCUCCGUUCACCCGCCGCACUUCUUCUUCACCUACCGCAUCAGGAUCGAGAUGUCGAGCGGCGCGUCGCCCGACGCCGCGUGUCAGCUCGACAGCCGCUACUGGAAAAUCACCACGUCUGACGGAAACAUGGAGGAGGUCCAAGGGCCCGGCGUGGUCGGAGAGUUUCCGGUCCUGACUCCGGGAAAGGUGCACGAGUACGCGAGCUGCACCACCUUCUCCACGCCGUCAGAGUACAUGGAGGGUCACUACACCUUCCACAGACUCGUGAAUAAAGAGGAAGUGUUCCAGGUGGCGAUUCCUCGCUUCCACAUGGUUUGCCCGCCGUUCAGAGAGCCGACAGUCAGAACGCGCAAAGCUACGCCCACCGCCGUGCCUCCUCGCUGCGACGAGGGCGACAGAGAGGACGACGAGAGCGGAAACUUCGGCGACCUCCGGGGAAUCAACAUGGCGGCGCUGGAGGGGGCGUGGUGCCCCCGACACAUCUGACCUCUGACCUCAGGAGUGAUGCACUGACUGCAGGGGAUUGUGGGAAAUGUAGUGAACUUUUCUCGCUGUUUCUCUUUCCUUUUUUUUCCCGUCUUAAUGGAAACAGCUCGGACAAGAUGGACGCCACGGUAACCAUGGAGACGCUUUGUUUUUCACUUUACUUUAAAGUCGGGAGCUUUUGUUUCCGUUGCAGGAACCGACCGCUGAUCCAUCGUUUAUCGUUUUAAACGGACGACGUCUGUGACGGCGCCCUCUGCAGGAACACAGGGACAUCACUCAGUCACGCGCCGUUAGCAUCGUUAGCGUCCAGUUCCUGCGGUAGAAACCUAAGUGUCGGGCAGAGCCUGAACUAACUGGAAUUUUAUUUUGAAGGAGGCCUCUUCCUGUUUUUGUUUCCUCCUCCUCAUCAUCAUCGUCGCUCUGCUGUGAUUGGUGGGUUUUGUUUUUCUAUGUUUGGGCUCAAUAAACAGGAAACGCUCAUCAACGCCGACUCAUUGUCAACAGGAAAUGAUGUCAUCACUUUGGUCCUCAGGGACACUCCAGCGUCGUGAGUGGCUCGUGUUUUGACGUAGACUGUCGGGAACAAACGCAUUUGAACGUUAGUUUCUUCUUCUGUGUGUAAAUAAGUGUUUUUCACCGUGACGACCGCAAACUCUGGUGCAACUAAACUAAGCUAGCUAAAAGUAGCUUGUGUCAACAGAAUGUAGCAUUAAGCUAUGACAAAAAACGUUACCAUAAAAGUACAGAACUGUAGCAAACGCUAACUGCUAACUGGCCAUAGUGGUUCAUAUUAUAAAUGCUAACUGCUUAGUAGCUACUACAUUAGCCACCAUGACCACUUAGCAGCUACCACAUUAGCCACCGUGACUACUUAGUAGCUACAACAUUAGCCAUGUGACUACUUAGCAGCUACUACAUUAGCCACCAUGACCCCUUAGCAGCUACUACAUUAGCCACCAUGACCCCUUAGCAUCUACUACAUUGGCCACCGUGACUACUUAGCAGCUACUACAUUAGCCACAUUCCAAUAAAAGUACUGUAGCAGCUGCUAACUGGUCAUGGUGGCUCAUGUAAUAAAUGCUAACUGCUCAGCAGCUACUACGUUAGCUACUUAAGCAGAAAUAGAUUAACCUAGCUUGACUAAAAAGAAUUCAGAGCCCUUCACAAUAAAAGUGCCAUCCUUGACGUAACAAACUUUAUUUAAAAAACUUUAACAGACAAAUGUGAUGACGAGUAAAAAUGUAAAGGUGGUGUAAAAUAAAGGAUGACAUCACAGGUCACAUGACAGGAAA